UAAAAUCUUAAGGUUUUGCGUCCGCGGCGCUCAAAGUGGCAGCGGCCGCACCGGCAGUCAAAAAUUCAUCGCCAGGCACCCUCGAUCCCGUCGCUGUUCACUGCCGUUGACGACCGUCGUUGGAGCAAGUCAUUGUCAGCCCCCCUCGCAAUGCCGACCACACGACGCCCGAGUUUUAGGCGCACGCUGCGGCCGCGCCUGGUUUUUCUGAUUGUGAUAAAUGUGUUGUCGGUUAUCGGCUUCUUUGCCUGGCGGGAGCACUACGUGACGAAGGAGUCGCUGCUGAACAUGAUGGAUGAGCGGCUCAUGGCUGUCUUCAGCCCUGAGCGCGAGAUAACCGUCGCCGAGGCUUUUGAGUCGCAGAAUUUCACGGGCAAGGCGGCCUAUGUCUCUACGAUCUGCUUCCAGGAGGACAUUAUCCCCGUCCGCGUGCUGGUGCACUCGAUAUACCGAACAGGAACGUCGGCUGACAUUCUGAUUAUGAUCAUGGCCAAGAUCUCGGACAAAGACCGCGCCGAGCUCGUCGAUCUGGGCGCGAAGCUGGUCGACACCAGCAUGAUCGAGCUCACGAUCGACGAUUCGCAGGAGUCAAAGGACGAGAAGAGCUACGAGUCCGCCGAGCAGGAGAAAGAGAUAAGCAAGGCCGAAGGCAAUCUGAAGCCAGAGGUCGAUCCGAAAAGAAAGAGGAUGUGCAGGAGUAAUUCGAUCCAGGCGUGGCGUUUGAUCGAGUACGAGCGAGUGCUGUAUAUGAGCCCCGAGAUGAUGGUGCUGAAAAACGUGGACGACAUAUUCCAGGAGCCGCCGUUCACUGCGACGCUUGAGCUCGGAGGCGUUGUGGACGAGUCGAUAAUGCUUCUGGAAUCGAGCAUGACGAUAUACAAGGAGCUCAAGAAGAUUAUGAUCAACACCUGGCACGUGCCACACGACAUUGGGUUCUUGAACUACUUCUUCAAAGGCAUCCACCCGCUCAAUCCGGUCUAUAACGUCAAGGCAAAGUACGCGGAAACAGACUACAGUCGCUACGUGUUUGGCAACGCCCGGAUCUACAACUACGAAGGCACGAUGAAGCCCUGGAGUUUCUGGUACCAGGAGCCCAAGAACUGGCGCAGCUCGUUCAACGAAGAGAUGCUCUACAGAUGGCAGGAAAUGUCACACGAGGUUAGCGCGAAGCUCAAGCUCGACAGCCACGAGCUGCUCGAGUGGCGGAAAGAGCGCGGAUCGAAGGAUGUCUGCGAGCGUUAUCUGGCGAACAAGGUUAGCAUGCCAGACCGCAUAAUGGACAAGUACAGUGUAAUGCUUGCGACUUACUCGCUGAAGCGACAAGAAACGCUGCCGUUUGUGGUCAACCAGUUUCUGAUGUCGCCGCGGGUGGACAAGAUCUUUAUUGUUUGGCACAACAAGAAUAUGAAGGUAUCGAAGAACAUCCGGCAGCUUCUGGCCGACAACAAGGACACUGUCAUCUUCCUCAACCAGACAGUAGACUCGCUCAACAACAGAUUUAAUCCAGUUCCCGAGAUGCGGACGGGUGCCGUGCUCAUUGCGGACGACGACGUCUGGACGUCGAUGGACGACAUCCACCUCGCGUUUGAGGCCUGGCAGCGGCAGCCGGAUUCGCUCGUCGGGUUUGCGCCCCGAGUCGAGUGUUUUGAUCCCAAGGCCAACACCUACAAAUACUGCUGGGCGUACAAGAUGAACCCGCAGCGAUACUCGAUCAUCCUCACCAAGCUGAUGUUUAUGGACGAGCACUUUUUGUUUUUGUGGCGCUGCGGAUUGCCGGAUCAUAUUCUGAAGUACGUCGACGACCUUGUGAACUGCGAGGACAUUGCGAUGAACUUCUUGAUGACCGGUGUUACGGGUCAACCGCCGUUCCACAUCGUGACCGACGAGGUGUACGAUUUCGGUCUUGACGGCGGUAUCUCGUCAAACCCGAGUCACUGGAAGGUUCGCGGGGAGUGCAUCCAGCGAAUAACCGAGCUGUUUGGCCGCAACACGCUCAAGAGCGCGCGCGGAAGUCUGGCAAGAUAUAGAGAGACCGACUUUUUGAGCACGACAUGGGAGGAGUUCCUGCACAUGAUUCGAGAAAAGGAGUCGAACGCGCAGGGAUUCAGCGAGGCUGCGCAGGGCGUGUUUGAGGAAAGCGCGCUGGCGAACGAUUGGGACACGCCGGUGUUUGCUGGGAUGAAUGGCGGCCAGUGAUGGGAUGGCCUUUCAUUUGGUUGGGUUGUCAUAAUUUUUGUUCUGGUAUAUAGUAAUUAAGUGUAUAAUGGUCUAUAAGUG